UUCGUUUAAACGACUCUGAUUUUAUAUUCGUUAACUCCGAACUAAGAAGUUCGGAAAGGAUUUCCAUUUUUUUUUUUUUUUUGCCACGCUGGCGCUCUCUUCACCAUUCUUCCCACUAGCACCACCCACUAUACUCUCUAACUUUCUGUUUCUACCAUCAUGCAUUUUGGUUGCCCUAUCUUUGGUGAGAGGUCUAUAUUUUAAUAGCAUUCCCACUCCUCUCUUUCCUCGCCAUUUUUCCUUUGCAAAUUACAAAACCGAACCUAUUUUUUCUUCUUGCUUCUUUUCUAUGUACUACUACUACUGCUAUCCUCUCCUCCUCCUCCUCCUCCUCCUCCUUCUAUUCAUUUCUCUAUUGAAUCUAUAUAAAAAUAAUAAGCUUACUAAUAUUAUAAUUGUUUUAAACCCAAUUAUGAUGAUUAGCUUUUGUAGAAAGAUCACUCCUCACUCUAUCCCUGGCCUCACCACAACAACUACUACCACCGCCACAACAACAACCUCCAUUGAUGGUCAUGAAAAGCUCCCAUUAAAAUGUCACCGUUACAUUUCUCCUUUAAGUUCUACAAGAUCAGGAGGAGGAGGGUUACUGGGGUUGGUUGCUGCAACCGAAAACGAUCACGAAAAAAGUCAAACUUUUGUUUUGGAAUCUUCAUCCAUCAAAUCCUCCUCAUCCGCCGCCUCCUCCUCGUCAUCACCAUCAGAUUCAUCAACACAAGCUUUGCCGCCGGUGGUGUUUGAAUUUGGAAAAAAGAAAGAUCCAGGUGGGUUUGGGUUCAUAGACGACAUAGGAGGUGGCGUGGACGGCUUGACGUCGUGCACGGAGAGUCUAGGGUUUGAAAGUUCGAACGAGAGGCUGGUGGACGAUCAUCAGAUCAUUGAAAGAAUCAGCCAUGUUCAUGAGAAGGUUGAUGAGAAUGAUCAAGAUGGUGUCGAGGAGGAUGCAUGUUUGAGGAUGCUGAGGCACUCGAUGAAGAGAGCGCCGAAAUGGACGAAGAUGGGGGAGAGGAGAGUGGAGCCUAAGAAGUAUCCUCCACCGCUUUCAUCGUUGAAUCAAAAUGGACACCCUAGGUAUUAUCUGAGGCCUGAGAGGAAAGAUGGGAGGUUGGAGCUUACGGAGGUAAGGAUUUAUAGGCCUGAGAUUUUUAGAGCUUAUCGUGAAGAUGGACGGUUGAGAUUGCAUCUUGUUAGCCACGAACCUCACAUUCAAGAAGAGGAAGAACCAAUAUUAGAAGGCAUAGAAGAAGUACAAGGAGAAGAAGAAGCAUUUCUUGAUGAUGAGGAGGAAAUUGUUGAGGAGGAGAAGGAGGAGGAGGAGGAGAAAGAGGAAGACAGUGUUGGUGGAGAGUGGCUGAAGGGAGGAGCAGAAGGGUUUCGGCGGUGUCAAAAUCUGGUGAACCACCACCAUGUCCAUCACCACCACCACCACCACCGCAACUUGCCUGUGUGGAGCCAGCAGCAGCAUUGCGUGACAACCAGGUGAUGAUAGCAUGAUCUCAUCACUUGGCUAGCAGAUCAGGAGAACAUGGCAUGAUGUUCAAGUGGCAGCGUUGAGAAGGAGACAAGUAGUUAAUUAGGGCAUUUCCUCGAAAUUAGGGUUAAAAGGGCCAGCUUAAUUAAUUAAUGGUAGAGAGGGCACAUUUUGGCUUAGCCAAAUUGAUUAAAGCAGAUUGCUCUUUCUCUGUAUUAAGUUUGAAUUUACUCAUCAUAAAGUUUAGAUGAAUUUAUCAUGGA